CGGUUCUGAAAUCAGUUAGUGCAGGUGUACGCUGAAUAUAUAUAGCACGAGAGUUGGAGCUCCCGGCAACUACCUACCUGCUGAGCUAUUAUCAGGCGUGAUUGCAAUUGCCAUCACUAAUGACAAUCGCGCAUGGGCGAUGUGGCACAUAGGAUGGUUAUAUUAAUAACGAUUCAUAACCAAAUAAUUUAGGUUGAAUUUCUACGGAAUUACGAAACUCGAAAUGAGUUGCAUUGAGACCAAUUUCGUUUUUUCCAAGGGACUGAGUAGAACACUACAUAUUGGACCAGAAUAUGCACAGCCAAAGAGAAGUAAUCACAUUCGUCAACGGUGGUCAUGAAUCAAGAUGUAAACAACCAAAACUCCGCACAACUACCGGAUGUUAAAUAUACAUCACCACGUUCAUAUAAAAUUUAAUUACUACGUAGGAGGAUUCAGAGGAAGGAGAGGAGUCAGGAUGGUGGGUGUGGACAUCGAACCACGACACAUGUUAACGCUUGGGUCAGCUAUUGUUGUUAGUUCGUCAACUGCGAAUUGUUGAAAUAGCACCGUUGUUUUUCGGUUACGUUACAUUUAGUUAUUUUCUGUAAUCGACCCACGUCUGUAGUUACGGUCCGUUGACUGAGGAUGAGUAUGGCCGCACCUCCCGAUGUCCGCGGACUUCUUCAGACUGAUGAGGAGGAGGCUAGAAUUCUGCGAGUGAAAGUCAUAGCUGGAAUUGGAUUGGCCAAGAAAGAUAUCCUUGGAGCCAGUGAUCCAUAUACAAGAGUUUCCCUUUAUGACCCUGUCAAUGGAGAACUAACAAGUCUUCAAACUAAAACCAUUAAAAAGACAUUGGACCCAAAGUGGAAUGAGGAAUUCUUUUUCAGGGUUCAUCCCAGAAAACAUCGGCUGUUGUUUGAAGUGUUUGAUGAGAAUCGUCUGGUGAGCAGCGGCAGCAAAAAGAGUACUCUGCAGAUCUCCCUGCAGACCCGCAGCAAGCUGAAUGGAGAACUGGAGAACAGCACAGAGGAGAGCACAGACGGGGAGACAGCGGUCUGCGAGGUGGGAGCAGGCAUUGGCUCGGACGGGGGCUCUUGUAGCAGCAGCACGGCCAGCGACGCAGGCUACUGCAGCAGCAGUAGCAUCUUUGAGCCGGAGCUUCCAGAUCAGCGCAAGGCAGUCCAGGAUAGAAAUAUGGCUCGUAGGAAAGCCCGGGUCCCUCUAAGACGCUGCUCCUCCCUGGUUAUAUUUCCACGGAGCCCCUCUAGUACACCACCAGCUUCUCCGGUCAGCCCUGUGGCUCUACCUGCACUGCCUCCAGCCAGGGGCUCGUUCCAGACUUCUCCGGUCAGCCCUGUGGCUCUACCUGCACUGCCUCCAGCCAGGGGCUCGUUCCAGACUUCUCCGGUCAGCCCUGUGGCUCUACCUGCACUGCCUCCAGCCAAGGGCUCGUUCCAGACUUCUCACCAGCUCCAGUUGUUGCCCAGUGAAGCCCAGCAGGAGGACAGCACAGGUACCCCGAUGGCGUCUGUUGCCACAGCUAUGAACGGCCUGCGGCUCUAUAAGAGUAGAUGUCCGUUAGCAGAGCUCAAGGACACCAAGCCCAUGGUACAUUUUAACGUUCCAUUACCGAGUAAAUCUGAAGACAAAAUGGAGAGUGAUGAAACGGACAACUCCACUACUAUGUUAAGUCAACCGUGUAGUGAGAAGUCUGACUGCCCUGCAGGUUUAGACCGACCAGGUCGCCACUCUAGUGUGCUCCUGCACUUUGCCCACCAGCGACCGAUGUCUGGGAAGUCAUCUACAAACAGAGCAACGGUUAAUGUUGAAUGUCCUAAAUCACCAACCCAGCCCUCCCAGGCGGAGGAUGAAUGUGGUCCUCGUCGCGUCAAGCUGUUUCGCAGCACAUCAGCUUGCUUGCUUCCCUCUGCUAGACUUUCAGAGAGGAACUACUUUGAUGGUCAGGCAGGCAGUGGGAGUGAACAGGAAAUGCCUGAGGAAAACCAUUGUCAUCAAGUCUUACAAAGGAGUUUUUCUCUGGAAGUCCCAUACCAUAAUACUGGCAUUUCAUGUCAUGUUUCCAACCAAACGCUAACUAAAUCAAAUGGUUUCUCCCCACAUGUGCACAUCCAUGUGUCCCAUGGCUCAGGGUCAAGGGUCUCUAGCUCUGUCAUUGAUGUAAACACUAACCACAAAGGUGAUCACAUACCAAAAAGCACUGGAAGAGAUCCCACGACACGUGAUGACUUCCUGGGGCAGGUGGAUGUUCCUUUACAUCAGAUACCGACAGAAAAUCCUAACAUUGAAAGGCCAUACACAUUUAAGGAUUUUCUACUUCACCCGAGAAGUCACAAAUCCAGGGUGAAGGGUCAUCUACGUCUGAAGAUGACAUACCUUCCAAAAAACAAUGCAGAAGAGGAUGCUGCAGAACCAACUGAAGAUAUGGAUCCCAGCUGGGAGUUUCUAGAGGGCCAGGACAUGUCCGGUCCCAGGCACAACCACCUACUUCCUGCACUGCCCCCUGGCUGGGAGGAGAGGCAGGACAACCUGGGCAGGACCUACUAUGUCAACCAUGAGACCAGGACCACACAGUGGUACAGGCCCAUAGUACAAGACAGCCAAGUGGAGGCAGAACAGAGGCAAACUACCCACAUAGAGGCCCAGCACGCUUUCACUGCCCGUAGGCAGAUCUCCGACCACGAGGACUCCAACGACAGGCGAGAGUCUCCUGAGAGCUGGGAGAUCAUAACAGAGGACGAGUCCACCUUGUACAACAGCCAACGCUCCCCUCCUCCACCCCACUCCCCCCUGGAGUUUCCCUCAAUCUGUGAAGAGCUGAGUCGCCUUCAGGCUCCAGGGGCGGCGCCCGGCGCCCGCCGCACCUCCCUCCAGCUGCAGGGCCACACCAGUCAUUCAAGUAACUCCAGUCGCAGAGGGAGUGCCCAGACCCUGACAGCAGAGGAGCAUCCUGUUCUUUCUGUGUUGUUGCCGACCUCGGCGGGGCUGCCUCCGGGCUGGGAGGAGAAGCAGGACAGUAAGGGCCGACCCUACUAUGUCAACCACAUCAGCAGGACCACCAGCUGGACACGGCCUCUCAUCCAGAUAACAUCUGAGGCAGCAUACAGCGGUCCUUCAGUGUACCAGCCCCCCAUGGUGUCUCCCAAGGGCUCCCCUCAGCACUCUCCCAACCCGCCAAGGGAGUGUGGCUUCAUGCCCGCAGGCUGGGAGGUCCGCAGUGCCCCCAAUGGAAGACCCUUUUUUAUUGACCACAACACUAAGACCACUUCCUGGGAAGACCCCAGAUUGAAGAUUCCUGUGCACAUGAGGAGGAGACCUUCGCUAGACCCAACGGACCUUGGUCCAAUGCCGCCCGGCUGGGAGGAAAGAGUCCACAGUGAUGGGAGGAUAUUCUACAUAGAUCACAACACCAAGACCACACAAUGGGAAGACCCCAGACUGCAGAACUCCGCCAUCACUGGACCAGCUGUGCCUUACUCCAGAGACUAUAAACAGAAAUAUGAGUACUUCCGGAAGAAGCUGAAGAAACCGGCUGACAUUCCUAACCGCUUUGAGAUGAAGCUCAGGCGGAACGCUGUGUUGGAGGACUCCUACAGACGCAUCCUGUCCGUCAAGAGAGCUGACUUCCUGAAGGCGCGGCUGUGGGUGGAGUUCGAGGGCGAGAAAGGCCUGGAUUAUGGGGGUGUGGCCAGGGAGUGGUUCUUCCUCAUCUCCAAGGAGAUGUUCAACCCCUAUUAUGGGCUAUUCGAGUAUUCUGCCACGGAUAACUACACUCUACAGAUCAACCCCAACUCCGGUCUUUGCAACGAGGACCACCUGUCCUACUUUAAGUUCAUUGGUCGUGUGGCGGGUAUGGCUGUCUACCACGGGAAGUUACUGGACGCCUUUUUCAUCAGGCCUUUCUACAAGAUGAUGCUGCAGAAACCUAUUACUCUACAGGACAUGGAGUCUGUGGACAGUGAGUACUUUAACUCCCUGAAGUGGAUCUUGGAGAAUGAUCCGACUGACCUGGAUCUGAGAUUUACUAUAGACGAGGAGCUCUUUGGACAGACACACCAGCAUGAUCUGAAGCCGGAAGGAGCUGAAAUAGUUGUCACCGACAACAACAAGAAGGAAUACAUCCAUCUUGUUAUGCAGUGGAGAUUUGUGAACAGGAUACAAAAGCAGAUGACUGCAUUCAAGGAGGGAUUCUAUGAGUUGAUACCCCAGGAUCUCAUCAAGAUCUUCGAUGAGAAUGAGCUGGAGCUUCUGAUGUGCGGCCUGGGAGACGUGGAUGUGAAUGACUGGAGGGAGAACACCAACUACAAGAAUGGUUACUGUUCGAACCAGCCUGUGAUCCUGUGGUUUUGGAAGACUGUUCUGUUGAUGGAUGCGGAGAAGCGUAUCCGACUGUUGCAGUUUGUGACUGGCACCUCCCGGGUCCCAAUGAAUGGAUUUGCAGAGCUCUACGGGUCCAAUGGGCCACAGCUGUUUACCAUUGAGCAGUGGGGAACGCGAGACAAACUACCUCGAGCCCACACAUGCUUCAACCGGCUGGACCUCCCUCCCUAUGAGUCGUUUGAGGAGCUGAGGGAGAAGCUUCACAUUGCCAUAGAGAAUGCCCAAGGCUUUGAUGGAGUGGAUUAGGCCGCGACACACUUUACUCCAACUACGCAGGCGCUGCAUCAUCCUCGCACAUUUCUCUGUACUUGUGUGGCUUAAAUUGUGGAGCGGACCUUAGCUGGCUUUAUGUGGCAUGUGUACUAGCCUUUAGGGGAGUGGCUCACAGUGUAGAUGUUAAAUGGUAGUCAUUGCCAGUGUUAUGAGGGCGAUUACCUUGUGUGCUGUACUUCUGUUUGAUGCUAACAGAACACAUUCUGGUCCAGACCCGCUAAUGGGCCGAGAGGAGCAAAGCUUUUGGUGCUCCUUUCUCCUGCACAGUUGGAUGAGUGGAAAUCAUUGCUUAAAGCACACUUGGUGUCUUAAGUUUACAAAAAACUUUUUGUUGAAUAAAUAUUUGUAUUCUUUACCAGACCUGUAUACAAUAUAUCAAAUGUACUAUAGCAUAUAGAUAUAAUUUAUCUAUGAUAAACAUUCUAACAUUUGGAAGUUUAAUAUGAACUUCGAUAUACACUGAGGAAAUGACAAUGAAUAAACCAUUUAUAGCUUAUUGAGGAAAUCAUAUAACUGACUUACAUUAGGAACAUGUUGCUCUUUCUUGCACAUACACACACUCUUGCAAAAUGUUUCCUCUGCUAUUUCUUAUCCAGUGUUAGAUGUAUUAUUUUCUAUUCCUCUAAUCAUUAUGGCGUGUUAAAUAGCAGUACAGUAUUCUGUUUUUAAGAGUACCUUGUUUUUUUUUUAUAUUGAUCUUUGUUAUAACUCUGACACAAUAUCAGGAAAUGUAUACGAUCAGUUCAAAGUCCUGUGAAUGUCUUUCGAUUUGCCUCUGAUUUUCUUGAGGGAAUUCACUGUACAUAUGAAAUAAUUUAUUUUAUGAAAGGUUGAAAACAUUUGUUUACACUCUGGUAUGUUUACAGAUUGCCCAUGAUGGAAAAUUGUUUUUCUUUUCUCAAUUAUUUUUUUAAUUUUAUACUUAUGCAUUUAUAAGAUUGCAUACAUUGAGUAUUAUGCUAAAAUUCUCAGCUUUUAAGUGCACAUUUGAAAUUGAGUAAAUGUUUACAUGUAAACAUUGCAACAACAAAAAAAAGCACAUUCUUUCCUUUCAGUGGUAAUUUAGACUGUUAAGUGACAAUGCCUUCAUUUGUAAUGCAUUAUAGAAUUUGAUCAUCCAAAUCUUAGGAUGUCCUCAUCCUUGAAUAGUUAUUGUUAAUCAUCCAUAACUGUAUUAUUAAUCAUUUUAUUUAUAUAAUAUUAUAUCAAGUCAGUGCUGUUAUUCUGACUACUGUAUGUUCAUUUUAUAUCAACAAUGUAAUGAAAUAAAACUUAUGUACCUUGUUAAAACAUUUUGAUGUUUUAAUCGCAUGCCAAGUAAAUGGCAGUAUAUUUACAAAAACUAAUAAAUGGAAAUGCCACCUCCAAUUUGUUUUUCUUUUCAUAUAAAUUGUUUGAUAUUUAACAUCCAGAGGAAAAAGUUUAUGCAGUGCCUUCAAUGAGGACGGAGUUAGCCUAUUUCAUUACUUUAAUUAGUGUGUUCGGGAGCAGUAUAAUGCUGUGUUAUUCCUGUUGGUUGUCUCAAUUUGAAAUAAUAUUAAGUAAUGUAUAUUUCCAUUUCAGUCCUGUGAAUGUCUUAUUUCUGAUUUUACAGAUUGUCAAUGAUGGGGAUUAUUUUUUAUAUAUAUUUUUAUUUUAGUAUUAUGUCAGAAUACCCUACCAUUAACUUUAUUUGCAUUGAGUCAAUGUUUACAUAACGUACCAAAACAUUGCAACAACACGAAAGCAUGUAAUUUGACUGCUUAUUGCAAUGUCUAUAUUUGUAAUGUAUCAUAUGAUUGGAUCAUUAAUGUAUGUUUACUGCUUUGGGUGGAUGGCCAAGAGCUUAAUGCAUCUUUACAUCCUUACAAUGUAAUUUCAUAAGAUGCCAACCUGUCAUCCAAAUUUCCACCCAUGAAUAAAUGAAAUCCUACUU